GAAAUUAGAUAAACAAUUACAGCAUUGCACAGGACACGAAAAGCAAAAAAAUGGACCUACAGGUGCCAAGUGCCAACUAAACCAAAAAAUAAAAAAUAAAAGGAAGCAAAUAUUAUAUAUAAAAUCAAAAUUAAUAGCUCCAUGUUUCUCUCUGUUCUUCCGGUGGUGAUGCUAUUUUAUUUGUUUUGAUCUGUGUUUCUCUUCUCCAAGUCUUAUCAAUGGCUUCUUCUAGCUCUGGACUCGGAACCUCAAUUCCCGCUCCAGACGCGGUUCAGGUUCUGGUAUCUUCUCUCGCCGAUGAAUCUCUCAUUGUUCGUCAAGCUUCCAUGGCCUCUCUUAAAGAACUCUCCUCCUUGAAUCCGCUUUUGGUGCUUGAUUGUUGCUCCGCGGUUUCUAGAGGAGGACGACGAAGGUUUGGGAAUAUGGCCGGGGUUUUUCAAGUAAUGGCAAUAGGAGUUAAAGCAUUGGAUAAGAGAUAUGUUGAUCCUUCUUAUAUGGCUAAGCUUGCUAAAAUUGCUACUUCUGAAAUGAUCUCCUCUAAGGAUCUCAAUGCUGACUGGCAAAGGGCUGCAGCUGGUCUGCUUGUUUCAAUAGGAUCGCAUUUGCCAGACCUGAUGAUAGACGAAAUUUUUUCACAUUUAUCGGGGGCUAGUUCUGCUUUGCCAGCUAUGGUUCAAAUACUUGCAGACUUUGCUUCUGCUGAUGCUUUGCAGUUUACACCAAGACUGAAAGGUGUACUUUCACGAGUUUUACCUAUUCUUGGCAGUUUGCGAGAUGCUCAUCGGCCUAUAUUUGCAAAUGCAUUUAAAUGCUGGUGCCAGGCUGUAUGGCAAUAUAACGUGGAUUUCCCUUCACAAUGCCCUCUUGAUGCUGCUGUCAUGUCAUUUCUAAAUUCUGCUUUUGAGCUUUUAUUGAGAGUUUGGGCAACUUCACGGGAUCUUAAGGUCCGCACAUCUUCUGUGGAAGCAUUAGGUCAAAUGGUUGGUCUUAUCACCAGGACACAAUUAAAGGCAGCUUUACCAAGGCUUGUUCCUACCAUAUUGGAAUUGUACAAAAAGGAUCAAGAUAUUGCCCUUCUUGCAACAUGUAGUCUUCACAAUCUUUUAAAUGCUUCGUUACUGUCUGAGACUGGUCCACCAUUGCUUGAUUUCGAGGAUCUCACGGUCAUUCUAUCAACACUUCUUCCGGUAGUUUGCAUCAAUAGUGAUAGCAAAGAGCAGUCAGAUUUUUCAGUGGGACUGAAGACCUACAAUGAAGUCCAACGCUGUUUUCUGACUGUUGGCUUGGUAUACCCUGAUGAUUUAUUUACAUUUCUUCUCAAUAAAUGCCGACUGAAGGAAGAGUCUUUAACGUUUGGUGCACUAUGUGUUUUAAAGCAUCUGUUGCCAAGGUCAUCUGAAGCUUGGCAUAAUAAAAGGCCUUUACUAGUUGAAGUUGUAAAGUCCUUGCUAGAUGAGCAAAACUUAGGUGUCAGAAGGGCUUUGUCAGAGUUGAUUGUUGUUAUGGCCUCGCAUUGCUAUUUGGUUGGUCCAUCUGGUGAAUUGUUUAUUGAAUACCUUGUACGUCAUUGUGCUCUAUCAGAUUUGGAAAGAAAUGAUCCUGACAACUCCAAGGUAAAGUUAAGGAGUUUUUGUCCAAUAGAGUUAAGAGGAAUCUGUGAGAAAGGCCUUCUUCUGCUAACUAUUACAAUCCCGGAAAUGGAGUAUAUUCUUUGGCCCUUUCUGUUGACUAUGAUCAUUCCACGAAUUUAUACUGGUGCUGUUGCAACGGUUUGCAGAUGCAUCUCAGAAUUAUGCAGACAUAGAUCUUCUAAUAUUGGUGGUAUGCUUAGUGAGUGCAAAGCUCGUCCUGAUAUUCCUAGUCCUGAGGAGCUGUUUGCCCGCUUACUGGUGCUUUUGCAUGAUCCACUGGCAAGGGAGCAGCUGGCGACUCAUAUUUUGACAGUCCUUUGUUAUUUGGCACCUCUGUUACCAAAGAAUAUCAACAUGUUUUGGCAAGAUGAGAUUCCUAAAAUGAAGGCAUAUGUUAGCGAUACGGAAGACUUGAAGCUUGAUCCUUCAUACCAAGAGACCUGGGAUGACAUGAUAAUUAACUUCCUUGCAGAAUCAUUGGAUGUGAUUCAAGACACUGAUUGGGUGAUCUCUCUUGGAAAUGCUUUUACAAAUCAAUAUGAGCUCUAUACACCAGAUGAUGAACAUGCUGCACUUCUUCACCGGUGUCUUGGUAUGCUUCUACAAAAAGUUGAUAACAGGGCUUAUGUUCAAAAUAAGAUUGACUGGAUGUAUAAGCAGGCUAAUAUUGCUAUUCCAACCAAUAGGCUUGGUUUAGCAAAAGCCAUGGGGUUGGUUGCAGCCUCCCACUUGGAUACCGUGUUGGAAAAGCUGAAAGAGAUUCUAGCUAAUGUUGGACAAAGUAUUUUUCAGAGAUUGCUGUCUCUUUUCUCUGAUAGCUAUAAGACAGAAGAGUCUGAUGAUAUACAUGCUGCCUUGGCUCUGAUGUAUGGAUAUGCUGCAAGAUAUGCUCCAUCUACAGUUAUUGAAGCACGGAUAGAUGCAUUAGUUGGGACUAAUAUGCUCUCACGGCUUCUUCAUGUACGACACCAUACAGCAAAGCAGGCUGUAAUCACUGCCAUUGAUUUACUAGGUCGUGCUGUCAUUAAUGCUGCGGAAAAUGGUGCAUCAUUUCCACUUAAAAGAAGAGACCAGUUGCUCGACUAUAUAUUAACUUUGAUGGGCAGAGAUGAUAAUGAUGAUUUUGCUGAUUCCAGUCUUGAACUUUUACAUACCCAGGCGCUGGCUUUAAGUGCUUGUACUACGUUGGUCUCCGUGGAACCAAAGCUGACAAUUGAAACUAGAAAUCAUGUUAUGAAGGCAACCUUGGGAUUCUUUGCUCUGCCAAAUGAACCAGUGGAUGUUGUCAAUCCCCUUAUAGACAACCUUAUUACUCUCUUAUGUGCGAUUCUUCUGACAAGUGGAGAGGAUGGAAGAAGUCGAGCAGAGCAGCUUUUGCAUAUUUUGAGACAAAUAGAUCAUUAUGUUUCUUCACCAGUUGAGUAUCAAAGGAGAAGAGGUUGUCUUGCAGUGCAUGAGAUGCUUAUCAAGUUUCGGAUGCUUUGUGUCAGUGGAUAUUGUGCAUUUGGUUGCCAUGGCAACUGCACGCACAGCAAGCAAAUUGAUCGCACACUGCACAGCAACUUUUCCAACUUACCAUCGGCAUUUGUAUUGCCAAGUCGUGAAGCCCUCUGUUUGGGAGAGAGAAUCUUUAUGUAUCUUCCACGCUGUGCAGACACUAAUUCUGAAGUUAGGAAAGUUUCUGCCCAGAUUCUUGAUAAACUCUUCAGCAUCUCUCUUUCACUUCCAAAGCCUGGAGGGUCUAGCUUUGGUGUGGAUAUGGAAUUGCUGUACAGUGCUUUAUCCUCCCUUGAGGACGUUAUAGCCAUGUUGAGAAGUGAUGCUUCUAUUGAUCCAUCUGAGGUUUUCAACAGAAUUAUUUCAUCCGUCUGUGUUUUAUUGACAAAGAAUGAGCUUGUAGUCACCCUGCACGGUUGCACCGGAGCUAUAUGUGAUAAGAUUAAGCCAUCAGCUGAAGGGGCCAUUCAAGCUGUUAUUGAGUUUGUUUCAAAGAGGGGGAAGGAGCUGAGCGAAACUGAUGUUUCAAGGACAACCCAAUCAUUGCUCUCUGCUGUGGUUCAUGUAACUGAGAAGCAUUUGCGUUUGGAGACUCUUGGAGCUAUUUCUUCUCUAGCUGAAAGUACUAGUCCAAAAAUUGUCUUUGAUGAAGUAUUGGCCACUGCUGCAAGGGAUAUAGUCACAAAGGAUAUUUCUAGACUGCGAGGUGGCUGGCCAAUGCAGGAAGCAUUCUAUGCCUUCUCUCAACAUAUAGUGCUUUCUUUCCAAUUCCUGGAGCAUCUGACAUCUGUCCUUAACCAGUCUCCUGUCAUUAAGGGUGAUUUGGAGAAAGGAGACAGCUCUAGCCACUUUGCUGAUGGCCAGAUAGAGGAUGACAUCUUACAAGCUGCUGUGCUGGCUCUCACUGCCUUCUUCAGAGGUGGUGGUAAAGUUGGAAAGAAAGCUGUGGAGCAAAACUAUGCCUCUGUUCUUGCUGCACUUAUACUGCAAUUUGGAAGUUGUCAUGGUCUAGCUAGUUCUGGUCGGCACGAGCCACUACGUGCUCUUCUAACUGCAUUUCAGGCCUUCUGUGAAUGUGUAGGGGACCUUGAAAUGGGAAAGAUUUUGGCUAGAGAUGGAGAGCAAAAUGAAAAGGUGAAGUGGAUCACUCUUAUUGGAGGUGUAGCAGGCAACAUUUCAAUAAAAAGACCAAAAGAGGUUCAAACUAUUUCUCUAAUCUUAACUAAAUCCUUAAACCGACACCAAAGCUUUCAAAGGGAGGCUGCAGCUGCAUCAUUGUCAGAGUUUGUCCGCUAUAGCGGUGGGUUUACUUCCUUGUUGGAUGAGAUGGUUGAAGCAUUAUGUCGACAUGUGUCUGAUGAGUCUCCAACUGUCAGAUGCCUUUGUUUAAGAGGGCUAGUACAGAUACCAUCUAUCCACAUUUGUCAGUACACAACUCAAAUACUCAGUGUAAUAGUGGCAUUGCUUGAUGAUUCAGAUGAAUCUGUGCAAUUAACAGCUGUUUCAUGCUUACUGACGGUGCUCGAGUCAUCACCCAAUGAUGCGGUAGACCCUAUUUUGCUGAAUCUUUCUGUCAGGCUCCGCAAUCUCCAAAUAUGCAUGAACACAAAGAUUCGAGCCACUGCCUUUGCUGCAUUUGGAGCUCUAAGCAGCUAUGGAGCUGGAACACAGCACGAAAUAUUUCUAGAGCAGAUACAUGCUGCCAUUCCUCGCUUGGUUCUGCACCUUCAUGAUGAUGAUAUUAGUGUGCGACAAGCUUGCCGAAACACUCUCAAACGUAUUGCCCCCUUGGUGGAGAUGGAAGGAUUAGCUGCCCUAUUCAAUUCUCAUUGUUUCACUUCUGAAAAUCGAAGUGACUAUGAGGACUUUCUAAGGGACUUCACUAAGCAGUUCUCCCAACAUCUUCCUUCCAGAGUUGAUACUUAUAUGGCAUCCGCAAUACAGGCUUUAGAGGCACCUUGGCCAGUAAUACAAGCAAAUGCUAUUUAUUUGGCAAGCAGCUUGCUAUCACUUUCAGAUGAUCAGCACAUCUUAGCUCUUUAUUACGCUCAGGUGUUUGGAUUGUUGGUGGGGAAGAUGAGUCGGUCAGCAGAUGCAGUUAUUAGGGCAACAUGCUCUUCAGCCCUGGGCCUGCUACUUAAAUCAACUAAUUUUCUGUCUUGGAGAGCAGCUAGACUCGAUCGAGUGGAAUCUUUUCGUAGGGGCCAUGAUUCAGAGUCUAAAAAGUAGUGGCGGGAGGCCUAUUGUGACUUAUCACUUCAGUUUUGAACACUUAUUUAGAUCCACCUAUCCAGGAUAAUGAAAAUGCAUGUCGAUUUCCUUUAUACGGUGUAUAACAUGUUGGAUCACACAAGUAAACCAGUGCGCAAUGCAACUCUUGCUGCAGUUUGAGAGUUCAUGAGUGACGACAUUUCAGAAGGUAGCUGUUUUGAUUUGGUCUGGGGACACGCACAAUGAAAGCUCAUUCAUGGAUGCAAGGUGGAUGUUGGGCUUAGUACCACUGUUAAAAGGUCUGUACAGCUUUUGGUAAAUGCAAUUGAAAAGAAUGUACAGUGUUUAGUAAAUAAAAUGAUGUGAGCCAUUAGGUGUAAAGCUUAUAGUUGCAACUCUGCGAGCCCAUCAGUGCAUUCCUCUUCAGGUUGUUUGCUCAGGUAUGCAGAGGAGCCAUUUCAGGUUGUCUGUUGUAGAAGUUUGUAUAACGCUAUCCUAAACUUUAUAUAAUAGACCAACUCAAUUGCUUCGGUA